UGCACAAAUCAGUGUGAAAAACAGCUGAGUGGAAGAAUGUGCUGGUGAAACUGCGUCACGGUAUUUAUUGAGACGUUUUAUCUCAAAAGAGUGUUGCUAUCGUGAGAGAAUAAAAUAGCGGUUGCUUGUAAUCAAGUGUCUACUGCGGUUUUGAAAAAUUCACAAAACAUAUAUCCCACUCUACUUGAAAACGUUCCAGUGCUGGCAGCCUGGCACGUGUUGAUUCUCGUCGAGUGAGCAGCUAGCCGGUAGGGAAUAUCUCGAUAACAAGCAAACACAUUUUGGUCGGAACCGAGAAUGGUGUUGACGGAGCAAGAGUUAGUCUUGGCUAUAACCAAGUCUCAACGGGACAGAAGAAUUCGUUCAGCUUUAUUCACGCGCCGGAAUACGGUCAAUUUCAGUGAACAAGCCGCGUGCGAUAGAGAAAUUCAGCGCUAUUUGUGUCUUAAAGGAACACUUGCGUACAGAUUCAAUUGUUGUAUCGUCCACCAGCCGUGGAGAUUCAAUCAGAUAUCAGCACUGAACGAUCACGGAUGGGAUGAGCUUGGUCCAACAAACGAAACACUUCACUCGAUUUACCGCACCUUGCCUUUUUAUCAGGAAUCUAUUGCAUCAACGACCAACUUUCGUGUCGGAGAGAUAAAUAACUUGAAUAAGAAGACCAGUAGUGUAGGCAAGGAUUCAAAGGCAAACAAAAAUCUGGUAAUCGACUAUGAUUCGGAUCGCAAAGUUGACAUGCCCAGCUGGGGUGCACGUCUUUUGAGCUGUAUUUUCGCUUGAAAUUCCCGAGCUCAUCAAUCUUAUUUUUUCGUGCUGUUGUAUUUUACAAUGCGUCGUUUCCUCAUUUGCGUUUGUUCCCUCAUGUAUUUACACACUUCGGUGUGUAGCGAAAAUUGUUUGAUUUCUAAUACAGAUAUUCUUCUUGCGACA